AUGCCCACCUACCCAACCCGCACCAUCGCCGGCGUGUCGGUCAUCGACACCACCCUCGUCCAAGCCGCGCUGAACUAUGCAAAAACCCACAACGACGCCCUAUCCUACAACCACGUCUGCCGCUCCUGGGUCUUUGGCUGCAUAAUCGCAACCAAGAUUCCGACACUCGCGAAUGCCGAGAUCGACAUGGAAAUCCACGCCGUCUCUGCCAUCCUGCAUGACCUCGCCUGGGACACGACGAGCCCCUUUUCAACGCCGGACAAGCGCUUCGAGGUCGAUAGCGCGAAUGCGGCGCGGGAUUUUCUAGCCAAAGAGGGACCGCAGCUUACGCCUCGCCAGCGGCAGCUCGUCUGGGAUAGUAUUGCUCUUCAUGCGAUACCGAGCGUCGCUCACCAUAAGGAAGGGGAAGUCGCGCUGUGCCAGAUGGGGAUUAGUGCGGAUUUCCUGGGGUAUAAGAUGCCGGGGGGUGUGAUUACGAAGGAAGAGUAUGAGGCCGUGAUUGAGGAGUUUCCGUUGCUGGAUUUCAAGGAGGGUUUUAAGAAGCUUAUGUGUGGGCUCUGUGUGCAUAAGCCCGAGACGACGUAUGAUAAUUAUGUGAGGGAUUUUGGGGAGAGGUUUGUGGAGGGGUAUGAUGUGACGGGGAAGACUAUGGUUGAUGUCCUUAUGCAGCCUAUUCAUGGCUGA